GCCAGUACUGAAUACUGAGUGUAGGCAUUGUUUUCGCCUAAACGUUCUUGAAAGAAUUCAUGUCACAUUUGUUUUUGAUCUUUGCAGAGACUGAAGGAUAUUGAUCACGGAAAAGGAACUACAUCGUCAAUUUUCUGCAUUGUCUUUGGCAAUGCCCAUCACCUCUUGGCUCAAUCAACCCCUCCCAAAAUAAAGUGUUUCCGCCCACUGCACUGAAUCCGACCCGCCUUUUCUCGGCUCUUUCUUUUCAUCGUUUGUCUCCCCAGAGCGUUCGCUUGCACACCUCAAAAAGCAAACGAAGAAAAGGUCAGAAAUAGGCCUCAUUGCAGGGGCCCAACUGCCUCACUCUUCCGACCAUGGCGGAACUCUCUGUAGCUGAAGGGUUGCUGGCCUUCUGGCAUCUCUAUCGACUGCCCCUUCUCCUCACUCUGGUCGCCGCUUUCACUUUUAUCCGCGUCUAUCGCACACUUCAGCCCAAAUCUAGAAUCGCUACCGCCUCCUCAGUCCCACCCUCCCCACGAAGCCAUUCUCCGGAGAAGAGCGAGAAGAUCGCGGUCGGAUAUGAUGAAAAAGACGUUCCAGCCGCAGGAUCGAACACCAAGACCAUCGUCCAGAAGGAGACCUCGGCCAAGCCUACAUCGGGUCCCAAGAGAGUAUCAGGAAAGAAGCCUCUGAAGGUUGCUGGCCGUCGCGCAGGUUCCGACCAGGAGCAGCCUCUGUCUUUCAUCCAGCCUAUCAUCUUCUUUGCCUCGCUGACCGGUACUACCGAGAAACACGCGCAAGACCUGCUAGAAUAUAUGCGUAUUGGCGCCCAAGAACGAGCCGAUCUUGAGAAUCGCGAGCGGGGCAUCCUUCCCCCACAGAUCCAUGACCUCUCGUAUGUCGACUAUGACGAUUACUUCGCUGCUGCACCCAAGCCUCCCCCCAACUCUCCCGGCACGCGCUAUGUGUAUUGUUUAUUGAUCCCGUCGUACAACAUCGAUACCGUUUUGAAUACCUUCCUCAGCCACCUUGACGAGACCCACAACGACUUUCGCAUUGACACUGCGCCACUCUCGUCGCUGGCCGGCUAUUGUGUUUUCGGAUUUGGUGACAAGGAAGGAUGGCCGACUGAGGAGGAGGGAUACUGCUCUCAAGCUAAGGAACUCGAUCGCUGGAUGGCGAAGCUUACAGGCAAGAAGCGGGCUUAUCCACUAGGCUUCGGCGAUGUUAAGAGUGACGCGGAAGCGGCUUUACGCGAGUGGGCUCAUGGUCUUCAAGAUAUUUUGGGUGACAUUCUGGAAAAUGGUGGGUUGGGUGAAGGUGUUCCUGGCAGCGGUGACCCGCUCGAAAGUGACGAGGAAGAUCUGGACGAAGAGGAAGAAUCCGAUGGCAACCGAAAGAUUAACCGGAAACGUAACAAGACCCAGGACGUGGUUGAUCUGGAGGACAUCAAGUUCAGCGCUGAUAGCCAAAAUGGAUCGGGAGCCCCAGUCCCCGUCGACUUUACCACCGCCGGUGCUUCUGCACCUUCCGCCAUUCAGCCUAGUGAGAAGGAAAUGGUCCCUAAGACAUCACCCACCUAUGCUGCUCUUACGAAACAAGGUUACACCAUUGUUGGUUCUCACUCGGGGGUCAAGAUCUGCCGCUGGACCAAGUCAGCCCUACGUGGCCGUGGCUCUUGUUACAAGUUCUCGUUCUAUGGAAUUCGCUCGCACCUUUGCAUGGAAGCUACUCCCUCCCUUUCCUGCAGCAACAAGUGUAUCUUCUGCUGGAGACAUGGCACUAAUCCGGUUGGCACUACUUGGCGUUGGAAGGUGGAUUCGCCCGACUUGAUUUUCAAUGGUAUCAAGGAGGGUCACUACAAGAAAAUCAAGAUGAUGCGUGGUGUUCCUGGUGUGCGUGCUGAGCGAUUUGCCGAGGCUAUGCGCAUCCGUCACUGCGCUCUUAGUUUGGUCGGCGAACCGAUUUUCUAUCCUCACAUUAACCAGUUCUUGGACAUGUUGCACAGCGAACAUAUCUCCAGCUUCCUUGUCUGCAAUGCCCAACAUCCCGACCAGCUCGAAACCCUCUCGCGAGUGACCCAGUUGUACGUGUCCAUUGACGCGAGUAACCGGGAGAGUCUGAGGAAGAUCGACCGCCCUCUUCACCGUGAUUUCUGGGAGCGUUUCCAGCGUUGCCUCGACAUUCUCCGCGAGAAACGCCACAUGCAGCGCACUGUCUUCCGUCUUACGUUGGUGAAGGGCUUCAAUGUGGACGACGAAGUUAUUGGCUACGCGAACCUGGUUGAGAAGGCACUGCCCUGCUUUAUCGAGAUCAAGGGUGUCACUUACUGUGGUACUAGCACCAGCGCAGGUGCCGGAUUGACCAUGCAGAAUGUGCCUUUCUACGAGGAAAUCCAGGAAUUUGUCACCUCCCUCAACCAGGAGCUGGAGCGCCGUGGAUUGAAGUAUGGUAUUGCCGCGGAGCAUGCUCAUAGCUGUUGUGCGCUCAUUGCCUCUGAGCGCUUCCACGUGAAUGGAAAGUGGCACUCGCGGAUCAAUUACCAACGUUUCUUUGAGCUCUUGGAGAAAGAAAAGGCGGACGGUACCCCUUUCAAGCCUGAGGAUUACAUGGAAGAGACUCUAGAGUGGGCAUUGUGGGGCAAUGGUGGCUUUGAUCCCAACGAUGAGCGUGUCUACAAGAAGGGGAAGAAGAAGGGUCUCCAAGCUGCAGCGGCGACCCUGGAUUGAUCUCGCAUGCGGCUCAAUACAAACACGUCCCGUCAUUCCCACGGAUCCCUAAGGGACGCCCUAAGGCCCACCCCAGACCUAUUAUGCUGGUGGUAGACGACUUUGUUCAAAGCAAUCCUGCGCUUGCGAUAGAAGGAGCACCAUGCUGUCCAAGUAUCCGCAUAGCUAUUAGGUCGUGGUCAAUGGGAUUUGUUCGCUCCGAGUCCAUGUCGAGUGGACCACUUAAGAGGGCAAUCAUGCCCUCGGCAGCUCACCGAGGACGAAACUAUGCCCGAUUUCAAGCUGAGAUCAUUCUCAGACAACAAAAUACACACUGGCCAGAGUCAACUGAUGUGCAAGUCAACAGGCUAGUUGAAUUUCUUCUACCAUUCUUGUAUCUAGUUAGGAAGUCCAUGAUAAAAUUUCAGCUAUAUUCUUUUCAUUGUUUGACAUCACGGCC